AUGAAGGAAAGAGAGAGGAAUGGGUGGCUUGAGUGUUUUUCCGGCAACUUGAUAGAGGCACUGUCAAGUGUUAGAACAGUGAGAGGAGAAGCUUGCUCUCUGGGUAGUUUCCGGCUGCUUGACGAAAACUUUGUCAAGCUUCGGAACAGUUUACCAAAAGGGAAAAUAGGGAGAGAUGGAAGGAUGGGCCUCAAAAUUGCAGAGGUUUCAGAGCUAAUGGGCUGGGCUGCUGCAAAAGGCAGACUGAGGAGAUUGCCCCUUUUUGUUUAG